AUGGCGUCCGAGGAGGCACUCGAAGAACGUCGCCGUAAAGCUCGCGAGGACACCGGGACUCAGAUGAACAAGACAGCAGCCGAAGCCAAGGCGAGGUUCAAAGCCGAAAUCGAAGCGAAGAGAGCGCUGAAGAGAGCGCAGCGUGCAGAGAUCGACCAGCAACCUGCUACCAACACCAAUGUUAGACCCCACGAGAUCAAAAACGAGCCUGAACGCGAAACCACAGCCAUCUCUAGCCAUCUGACAGAGAGGACUGCUUCAGCUGUAAACCCAUCAGCGGCACCUGGUGAUGUUCCCCAGACAAAGCAGCCACUGUCCCGUGAGGCGCCCGCACAAGCACAGGUGAAGGACGAAUUCACCAGCCGUGAGCACCCGCUGGCUGCACGAGCUGAUGGGUUGGCGAGGAGAGGCUCCAUUGGAUAUCAGAUCCGUGGAGCAGCGAAGCAGAAAGAUGUCCCUGCUGACAGCGCUAGACACUCUUCCACCCCCAGCACGACUGCCCAGGGUGGCAAGGGCAAGGCGCCCAGCCGCGAUCCAGCAGGCUCAACUUCCGCUGCACCUGCUAAGCGUCCUUCGCAAAGCAGCGUGUAUGGUAGUGGGAGAGACAUGUCGAGCCUGAAGGUCUCCAAGAGGGCCAGUGUGGCAUCACCACAGCCAGCUACAGAAGAGCCAGCAGGCGAUGCAGAACAACAAUCGUCUACAGCCAUCGGAAGACCCCCGCAAUGGUACAAGAUCACACCGAGACCAAACACGCGAGGCAAGAAUGAUGCAGAUGUCGACCCACUGCUCCAACGUCUGCGCGAUGGGAUUGGCAAUUGCAAGAAGACUGAGGAGUGGCCAGAGCAGCGAAAUCGCUUGCAUGACCUGCACACUCUCCGUACAGUUCUUCACAAGAUCAUGACUACCGAUGCUGUUGGAUUGUGCGAGUACCUGACCAAGGUAAAGCCUCUCUUCUUAUACAUCGACAAAGCUAACAAGAUGGCUUCCCGCAGUUCAUCUAAGCGCAAAGCGCUGAACCAACUCGACGACAUCCUUGAGCAGCUCUCUGCUCCGGUCGACGACAUCCAACGGACCUACGACAACGCAAGUCUGGAUCCUGAAAAGGAGAACAUCGAUCCUGCGACUGAAGCUAUCAUAUCCCCUCAAACCGCCCACGCACUUUUUAAGAAGGCACGCCGUACUACCCAGAUGGCGAGCAACACUAGGGCCAGCGUCGAACAAAGAUUCGAAGAGCUCGAGAAGCGCGUCUCUAAUCUGGAGGGAAGUGUGAACGCCUUCUCCUCCUGGCAGAUAAUCGUUGGAGAAGCUCAGAUGAUUGAUGAUUGGGUUGAUAAGAUGGUCGACGCCAAGACAAAUAAUGGUAUGCCGUCAGGAUGGCAGCACCAAGAUCUCGCUCCGGCAGAAGUCAACCAAGACGUCGCCGCCUCCUACAGCUCGUCGGACCGAACCGAUCGAUUUGUCCAGAAGAAGACCAAACGUUUUUUUAAAGAGUUUGUUGAAGAGCGCGGUCUGACAAAGUUUGGCUUCGGGGAAAAGUUCGACAUUCUGACGAACACGACUAGGCGCAAGGCAAGGAACGACGCUGUGCAUGAGACGCAAUUUAUGGUGUAUGCGCACGCGAUGGUCGAGGCAGCGAAGCGUGAUAUAAGCAUCAUGGACAAGAUGGCCGAGUACGCCCAGAUUUUUGAGUGGACAUACGGGAUGUCAUGGGGGCAGGCAGCGAAACAUCCGGUUCUUCUUGGGGAUGAAGGCAACAGCACGUCUCAGAGCUGA